GGACUCGACAUCAUGGCAACAAUGAAAUAAAAUUCAAGAGAAAGCCAACCGAAACGGAGCUAGGGCUCCCGGUGGUGGAGAUGGAAACGGAGCUUGAUGGUGAUGAUUUGCCAGAUUUGAUGUUGUUUUUAAUCGGUACAACGACAACAACACAAGCGACAGCAACAGAAACGACAAUGGCAACAACUGCAACUAGCAAGUCUUCCGGGUCAUUUGACAUGCGCCAAAUUCUUCAUAAAAUGACCAAUUCUAUGAGCACAACAACAGAGGAGACAACAGCAUGGAAAACAUUGACCUCACAUCCAAAUUCGUUGGUCCAGUUGCUGCCCUCGCGUGCCAUGCGUGUGGUCCAGGAGGUGGUGCGAUCUCUGCGGAAGGAACGUGAGAUUGUGGCCAGCACAACAAUGGGCAAGGUGCGUGGCCGUUAUCAAAAGUAUCGGUCAGGUGAAAGAGGUGGCUAUUACAGUUUUAAGGGCAUGCGAUAUGGAGCUGCCCCGAUCGGGGCUAGAAGAUUCCGUGCUGCUGAACCCGAGAAGCCUUGGACAGGCAUUCGAGAUGCAUCGCGGGAAGGUCAAAGUUGUCCCCACAAGAACAUGAUCUUGGACACAUUCAAAGGAGGCGAAGACUGUCUAUUUGUGAAUGUUUUUACAACACGCAUGCCCUCAGAUGAUAGCAAUAAAGUCAAGCUUCCAGUGAUGGUUUGGCUGCAUGGAGGAGGUUUUUCGUUCGGCUCUGGCAAUUCAUUUCUCUACGGUCCCGAUUAUCUGGUGGCUGAGGAUAUUGUUUUGGUAACACUGAACUACAGAUUGGGUCCAUUGGGCUUCCUAACGGCUGGACCUGAUGCUCCUGGCAAUCAGGGUCUAAAGGAUCAAGUGCUGGCCCUCAAAUGGGUACGGGAUAAUAUAGCUGCAUUUGGCGGUGACCCCGAGCAAGUGACAAUUUUCGGUGAAUCCGCUGGCGCCUCGUCUGUGCAGAUGCUCUUACUUUCCCCGCUGGCCAAGGGCCUCUUUCAUCGUGCCAUCUCGCAGAGCGGUUCAGCUCUGAAUCCCUGGUCAAUGGCACAAAGCUCUAGUCAAAGAGCGGCACGUCUAGCAGCCAAUUUGGGCUAUGUGGGUGCCAAUAACACCGAGGAGAUCUUAGACUUCCUGCGACGAGUUCCAGCUAUGAAACUGGUGGAGGCAGCACCCACGACUCUAACUGCAGAGGAUCAGCGUAAUAAUAUUGGCCUGCCCUUUGUUCCCGUUGUGGAGGGCUAUUGGAAUGAGGAAUCACAAUUGGAAGGAGAAUUCUAUGAGCAGCCCUUCCUUACCGAACAUCCAAGUGAAAUGUAUCGCAAACGCAACUUUAACAGCGAAGUGGCAUAUAUGACGGGCUACAACACUCACGAGGCCAUGUUGUUUAUAAGGAGACUUCGCAAGAAUCCCCAGCUAUUGCAGAUAAUUGAGAAUGACUUUGGACGUCUGGUGCCACAUGAUCUGAAUGUUUCCGAUUCCCAUGAUCGGGUUACCCGAGAGAUCCGCAACUUUUAUCUGGGCAACAAGCAUGUGGGCAUUGAGUCCGUUGAUGAAAUGAUAGCGUUACUCACCGAUCUCAUGUUCCUGCAAGGAAUUCGACGCACUGCUCGAAACCAUGCCAAGUAUGGCAGUGCUCCCAUCUAUUUGUAUCGUUUCUCCUUCGAUGGUGCCUUGGGCCUGUACAAACGCAUGCUGGGCAUACCACGACCGGGUGUUUGCCAUGGCGAUGAGCUGGGAUAUCUCUUUAAGUUCGGAUUUUUCAAUUUAAGUCUGGAUCCAAAGUCCAUGGAGGUACAGGUCAAGAAUCGCAUGGUCCGCAUGUGGACCAAUUUUGCCAAAUAUGGUUCGCCAACGCCUGAUCAUUUAGAUGAUCCGAAUAUAACAACUAAAUGGGCACCUAUCGAUCCGAGCAACGUAAUGAAUAGUCUCAACUAUUUGGAUAUAUCCGCCACUUUGGCCAUGAAGACAAAUCCCGAACCGGAGCGGCAAAGGUUUUGGGAUCAAAUGUAUCAGCACUAUAAUGGUGCGGCUAUGUAGUCAUACCACAUACAUAAAUACACCUACACACACACACACACACCUACACAUACAUUCACAUAUAUUUCGUAUUGCCAUUUUGCGAAAGAUGAAUAUUUAAAUUGCAAAUUUCAUUGUAUAAUUUUUCGUAGUUUUUAGUGUUUUAUCUAUGUAUAUGUAUAGCUAUAUAUUUUUAGCAAUUAUCUUGUAAGUCCUGCAGCAUUUAUAUAUAUGUCACCCACACACUCAAACACAUACACAAACACUAAACACUUGUACUUGUACAAUCCCUACAUACAUAUUUUUCAUUCUCAAAAAUAUGUAUGUCAAUUUCCUUACAUAUCAUCUAAUAUCUAUUAUUCUAUAUUAUGCAAUAAUCAAGUGUAAAUAGUCAAAGCAAUAUUUCAAUAUUUCCCAGAUGACUUUAAAA